AUGGCCCAAUACGCCCCCUACACAGCAUCUCCAGAAUGGCACCCCGCCCUCGCAAACCAGCAUCGCAGCAACAUCCUCUCCCACUCCAAGCGAAAGGCCGAAGAGGACUUUGAGUCCCAAUCACACAUUUCCUCCCACUUCAAGAAACUCCGGCUGAACCAGAACCAUGCGAACCAGCCUACGCAUGCGACUGCGCACUCGCAGACAUACACGCCGCAGCAUCACUACCCAGCUCCGGCGGUGCCUUCACCGCCGUCGUCGACGUACAAUCUACACCACGCGCAGCCGAGUUCCCCAACGAUCUCCUUCCGCCCUCACAUCGCCAACACAGACGCUCGACCCGCCCUUGCAGUCGCACCACCACCAACACCACCACAACCGCAAUCCGACCCCGUCGCCCUCGACCGGGCAAUCCACACCCAUGACUUCGCUUUUCCCCCAAGUGCACCUCAUUCGACACCUACCGCGAUCGAGACCAUCAAGCCCCCGACUCUCGCGGACACGGACUUCAUGACCAUCGACGACACCCCCCACAGGGUAAUCAUCCACGACCUGUCCUCUGAAAUCGCCCAGAUCGAAGCAGAAGAGGCGGCUCACAACGCCACCUUGUUCCUCCCCGACAUCGACAAGAAGGUCUCUACCCUACCCCACCAUUUAUUACAGCAAGGGCAAAACCACGACCGGCACGGCUCACUGCGGAUGGACCUGGAUCUGGGACGUCCGCCAGCCGAGAACCUCAACACCGCGCUGGUCCUAUACAGAGACCCGAGCAGUAUCUCGGUGCCAGAGGAGGAGGACGUCGUCCGGAAGACGAUCAUCGAAGCCAGAAGGCGGGCAAGGGAGAAGGCGGCGGAGGAGCAACGCGAGAGGGAGCGGCAUGCGCGCGAAGCGGAAACCAGGGCUCUCCAGGAACACUGGGACGACGGGAUGGUCGAUCACUCAUUCCAGGACGCCGGAGUCCGCGAGAACCCCAUGGAUUCUGAUUCAGACCCGGAUGCCAUGGAGAUAGAGUGA